AUGGGAGAACAGGAUCCACUCAAGACCCUCAGGGAGCUAUAUGCACCCAUGACUACCACCAUUCCAUCAUGUAUAGUGUUGCCGGCUACCAAUGCCACUCACUUCGACUUGAAGCUGAGUGUGAUCAAUGCCCUUCCUUCAUUUAAAGGUUUAGAGAAUGAAGAUCCAUAUGUUCAUGUGAAGUCUUUCUUGGAGUUGUGUGAUACGUUCAAAUUUCAAAAUUUUGCGGAUGAGUCGGUGCGUCUUUGGCUAUUUUCUUUUUCCCUACAUGAUAAGGCAAAAUUCUGGUUACACUCCAACAUGCCUGGAUCCUUCACCUCUUGGGAAAUGAUGCAGAGCAAGUUCUACAACAAAUUCUUCCCAAUCUCCAGGAUCAAUGAUCUCCGUCAAGAGAUCAAUAGUUUUAGGCAGGAAGAGGGGGAGAAAUUCAGUGAAAGCUGGGAGAAGUUUAAGGAGCUGACUAUGAAGUGCCCACCCCAUGGUUUUGAAACUUGGAGGAUCGUUCAUUUUUUCUACAAGGGAUUGACUCCAUCGAGGCGUAACCUGAUUGAGUCUAUGAAUGGUGGAGGAUUCUUGAAUCUUACGUGGGAAGAAGCCUAUAGAACUUUGGGUGAAAUACAACGUGCCCCCCUCAAGACGGGAGGCCUCAACGAGGUGAAGGACGAUGCUGAUAUAAGGUGGCAACUCAAGGAUAUCAUGCGUAAGGUUGACGCUAUUGCUUUGAACAAACCAGUGAAUACAGCAGAUACUUGCCAAGUUGACGUAUGCACGUCAUGUGAUAACGCAAUGCAUUUCACUCAAAACUACCCAUCUUUAUCAAUAGUUACUGAGUACCCGAUGGAGCAAGUCAACGCCUUCAAUGAGUACAGAAAACUCACAAGUGAAACUUUUGCUGAGACUUACAAUCCAAGGUGGCAGAAUCACCCCAAUUUCUCUUGGAAGCAGAAUCAGCCACCUAAUCAGGGAGGUACUACUACUCAAGCUCAGAAUCAGUUUCAGUUAUCUCACCUAGACUAA